ACCAUCUCAUUCUCUCUCACAGACACAUCCAUACACAUUCUCUUUCUCAUACCAUCUCAUUCUCUCUCACAGACACAUCCAUACACAUUCUCUUUCUCAUACCAUCUCAUUCUCUCUCACAGACACAUCCAUAUACACAUCCUCUUUCUCAUACCAUCUCAUUCUCUUACACAGACACAUCCAUACACAUUCUCUUUCUCUCCCCUCUCUUUUCCUGCCUCCCCCUGAUGUUCUUGCUGCCAUUUGAGAGGACCAGUUUUGUGCCAGACAGCCAUUCCUCAGAUUGAGAUAUGCUGGGUUUUAAAGUCACACUCAGAAAGAUUUACUAUCUCAGUCUGGAUGGAGGGGAGUGGAGCGGGGAUACAGACUGGGGUGUUGGGUUGGGGGUAGCGUUUUCAUGCGCUAAUCUCAGGCUCAUUUUUUACAAUGGAGCGAGCUGAGAUGGACAGAUAAAUGGACCUAGUUGAGUCUGAGUUUCCUUUCUGAACCUAUUCCAGACUAAUUGACGGACCUAAUAUGCCUAUCAGAAGUUUUCAGAUAGAGAGAAAGAGUGUGUUUGAGAGAGAGAGAGAGAGAGGGAGAGAGAGAGAAAGAGAAAGAGAGAAAGAGUGUGUUUGAGAGAGAGUGAGAGAGAGAGAUGAGGAAGGAGAAAUGGCACCAACAUGUCCUGUCCUGAGUCUUGUCCUGAUUGAAAUGUGUCUCUUCUUAAUGCUGUGAUGGAUUGAUGGAUUGAUGGCCAGGGAGAUAGAUGGACAAAAAAGCAACACUUUGCUAGGUAGGUUGUCAGUCACUGCACAAAGACUGAUGCUGACAUUUCACAGAACCAGAAUCAUCAAAUGAUAAAUAGAUGUUCCUUUGGCCGAACAGGGUUCUCAUUGGACAAGUGGGCCUACCUCUCGCUGAUACGACGUCUCGUUGGACGUUCUGGCAGCAGACACCUCACUGAUGAGAAAUCUUAUUACAGAUUGCCAGCUAUUACUGUGAAUGUAGACAUUCAUUCAUUUAUGUAUUUUUAGACAUAUUUCUACCAUAUAUCGCUGCAGACACACAGACCGUUUGAAAGGGAGAGAGCUAUAGAGAACGAGAAAGUUGGGGCAUUGACCUGCUUUUUGGAGACAGAAUGAGUUCAAAACAAAGGGAGAAUGUUAAGGAGCUCUGGAAAUAGAGUUCUCUGAGAAAAGGACAAAGAGGACACAACGUCUGUCUGUAUGUGCACUGAAACACUAACAGUCCUGGGAUUUUACAGUCUGUGUACUACUGAGAGCAUCCAAACAACAAGAGACAAAUUCAAUGUGAUGUUGGAGCCAUUUUUAAGACAUUCUAUGAAUCUAGGUUGGAGGAAAACCAGGAAAACUACUGCAUUCCAUUGAAUCUGCUUGGAACUACAUUACCCAGAGCUGAACCGUGCUCUAAAUGCUGUUAGAGCUAUCCCUAUCUCUGUGACAUUAGAAGAAGAAGAACACAAACUAGUAUAAGGUUAUGAAUUUGUUGGAAGCAUAACCAAGUGUUGUUCAGCUGUAUCUUGGUGGAGAAGACAUUUCAAACAUGACAGGGACUCCUAGGCUUUACAAACAACUCUAAUACAGGAAAAGACAAAGGGGUGGGUUUGGCUCACAUUUAUGGGCGUGUCAGACAUGGAGGGUCUCUGCUAGACUCCGCCUAAGUAGACAGCACCUGACAGAGCCCCUCCCCUUAUUCCUGGAUUGGUCCAAUCUCCCCCGGGCCCACCCAUUUCUCCAGACCCUCCAAGGAACGUGGUCGGAUCGAACCUCUUCUCACCCAGGUGCCGUCCGUUUGGUGAGGGCGGCGAGGGCUGUGCUGUGAUUGGUUGACUGCGGGUGGGAGUGCAAUGCGGAUUGGAGGAUGUCGGGGGACUGGGAUGAAGACCACCUGUGUAAGAAGGCUCUCACUCUGGUGGAGGAGUUGUGCUUACACUCCUCAGCGAAGGACAGCCAUGAAGCCAGCUGCCGAGACUUUGUCUACAUGAUGAGGGGACAGCAGCACGAAACAGAGAUCUCUGUCAGCCUGUUGUCGGUGAUUGUGACAUUCUGCGGGAUCGUCCUUCUCUCAGUCUCUCUCUUUGUCUCCUGGAAGCUCUGUUGGUUGCCAUGGCGAGACAAGGAGGGUGGGGGCCUGAGCUUGACGUCGGGGCUGAUGCCCGGGGGUGUGGGUGGGAUGGGCGGCAGUGGGGGGGCCUCCCUCCUACCUCCUGUCAUGCAGAGGAAGGCGUCCCACUCCUCACUCUACCCCUCCCUGGCCCAGUCCCAGCAGCAUCACCCCCACUUCUCUGACCUGGUGGGGGUGGAGAGUGGCCAGGGGGUGGGGGGUGUGGUGGGAGGCCCGGAGCAGACACAGGAACACUCCUACCUGGACAUGGACUCCUACCCCAACAACGCUGGGAAUCUUAAAUUGAGCCAGAUGUCUCCAGAGUUGCCCCCCACCACUGAGGGGGGAGCCGCCCCACCCCACAAAGACAUGCCCAAUGCCCACUCCCAGCAGCAGGUCACUGCACGGCCCAAGCCCAUGACUCACCAGUUGUCCAGCCCUGAUUUCCAUGGUGAGGAGAAGAGCGAGCAGGUGACCAGCAUUGGCCAAAUCAAACCGGAACUCUACAGACUGCGUGGGGGCGACCAGGGGGAAGGGAAACCAGGGGACAAUUGCGGCAAGAUCAGCUUCCUCCUGCGCUACGCCUUCAAUACAGAGCAGCUAGUGGUGAAGAUCCUGAAGGCUGUAGACCUGGCUGCCAAGGACGCCAACGGCUUCUCAGACCCCUACGUCAAGAUCUACCUUCUGCCAGACAGGAAGAAGAAGUUCCAGACCAAGGUCCACAGAAAGACCCUAAACCCUAUCUUCAACGAGACGUUCCAGUUCGGUGUCCCCCUGGCAGAGCUGCACUCCCGGAAGCUACACUUCUCUGUCUACGACUUUGACCGCUUCUCCAGACACGACCUGAUUGGCCAGGUGGUUGUGGACAACCUUCUGGACUUCAGCGAGGGCACAGGGGAAAAGCCUGUCUGGAGGGACAUCGUGGAGGGCACUGCGGAGAAGGCUGACCUGGGGGAGCUGAACUUCUCUCUGUGUUACCUGCCCACGGCAGGUCGGCUCACUGCGACUGUCAUCAAGGCCACCAACCUCAAAGCCAUGGACCUCACCGGCUUCUCAGACCCAUACGUGAAGGCUUCUCUGAUAUGUGACGGCCGCAGGCUAAAGAAGAGGAAGACCUCCAUUAAGAAGAAUACGUUGAACCCCACCUACAACGAGGCUCUAGUCUUUGACAUCCCUCAUGAGGACAUCGACAGGGUGUCCAUCAUCAUCGCUGUCAUGGACUAUGACUGUAUUGGUCAUAAUGAGGUCAUAGGAAUGUGUCGUGUGGGCAGUGACGCUGAGGGUCCUGGGAGGGAGCACUGGACUGCCAUGCUGGCCAACCCCCGCAAGCCCAUAGACCACUGGCACCAGCUCGUCGAGGAAAAACUUGUGGCCUCAUUUGUGUCAAAGAGUCCAGCAGCCUCUCCCAAGCCUCACAUCGUGGUGGACAGUCCUCACUCUGAGUAGAACUGAUAUUAUCAUCUUUCCAGUUCCAGACUUUCCUUUCUUUCUGCUCAUCUGUGAAUAAUUCUCUCCAUCAAACAAAGAGAGAUAAGGAGAUACAUCGACUGCUACUGCUGUUCUACUGCUACUGCUGAAUAUUCCAACUCCUGUCCUGUCGCAACGAAGCACAGGAAUACAGAAUCUACACUCUAUACAAGCAACACUUAGAACUCUGACACACACACGCGUGCACGCGCGCGUACACACACACACACACACACACACACACACACACACACACACACACACACACACAGUGCUUCAGGUUAGUGCCAGUAAUUCAUCCAGGAGGAGUGUGAUGAUGCACAUUUCUCCCUCCAAUCAAACCUGGGCCUAAGGUUUCUGCUCUGUAUGGACUUCAAAAGACAAACCGUGUCAAUGCUUUACUUUAGGCCAUUACUAUACAAGUGUAGGAGUUAGGAAACAUCCAUGUAGUGUUUCCAGCAGGACAAACAUCAGUUGUGGAGACUCUAGUGGUUUGGGCCUACCCUCUGGAUCUGGGCUUUUCUGGCUUCUUUUAGCUGGAGGAAGGAACCUUUGCCGGUCGUUAUUAUUGAUGUCAGGGAGGGAGAAAUGUGGAUGAACCCAUCUGCUGAAGCAUGUUACGUAACCUUGAAAUGUGUCCCUUCGCCUCAUUAUUUUGUCACCUUCUUCAUGGUGCUCAUUAAUGUGAAUUUGCUUUUAUUUUUCUAUUUGUUUGGUUUUGGGGGUUUGUGUAAUAUAAUCAUCCAGAAAGGAAUUUAUCCAUACCAUUUUUUACGAUCCACUGAGGAUGUGAUCGUGAGUACUCGAAGACCUGAACUAUUUGAGCGCCUUGGGAUGUUACAGGAAUAGUGCUCCCCUGUUUGGACAUACUGGCAGACUUUACCCCAGAGGACUCUACAGGGGAACUGUGAUGAGGACGGACCUGCUCGGCUUGGAGUGCACUUACUGGAAAUGUAUCCUACAGGGAAGGAUUUCACCAUUAUAUCGAAUUCUUCUAUCAUUCCAAGAUUUUGUUUUUCGGAAAGACAUUAUUUAAUUUGAAAAGAUAAGAAUUGUCUGCAGUCCAUCAUGUCUCCAACUGGACGACAACGUUAGAAGGACACACGCAUUUGUGUUGCUUUGAUUUGUGUGUAUUUCUGUGUUUGUGUGUGUGUGUUUUGUAUUCGUGUGCGUCUGUGUGUGUGUAUGCCUGCGUGUUUGUGUGUGUCACUGUGACCUUCUGUGUGACACGUUUCUGUGCUCAUGACGUCCCUAUCUUCUACCUGUCCUCACGGCCCCACACCAUUCCUAGCAUCCACAGACUGAAACUCCUGUCUUUGAACAAAAUGUGUCUUCUGUCCUGUGUGUCUUAGAGGAACCAUUUGUUGUAGGACCCAUUGCACUUGGUGGGGAGUGGGAUACUUAUGAUCACUGAAGAACAGUCGGUCUCUCACAGAGAUUAGAGUGUAUUGUGUGUGUUGUUUCCCAGAUCAGCUGUCCGUCACUCAAAAGUGCCCCCCCCCCCUGCCUGAUCUAAGUAACUGUGUUGGUUGUGUACUACUUUUAGUAAAUGUGUACUGUGUGUCUGAGGGGAACCAGUUGGCACCGUGAUGUUAGAUACGUUUUGAUUACUUGAAGUAGAACUUUUGGGCUGAGUAAUGACUCUUUUAUGUCCCCUAGCAGUCCCUCCAAACGGGGAGACAGAGAGGGGGUAGCCAUGUCCUUUAUCUUUUGUGAAAUACGAUGACCCCCUGUUUAUGCUCUGCACUUCCUCUUUAAGCACCAUGUGGCUACUGCCAUGGGAGAACCAUGUCUACCACCACUUCUGCUACUAUAACCUCAACUAACAGUUAGCACUACUAAUGCUAUGGCUGCCAUUUCCCCUUAAACGCAAUCAGGGGGAUCCAGUUACUAUUCCAACUUCAGGCCAAGGAAGUGCAGGGAUGCUUACUGGUAUGCUUGGAAUGUACACAGAUUAAAGCCGUAUAUCCCACAUCAUAGCCAGAAGUUUUCCAUCUGGAACUGUAUGUCUGCUCAGGUUGUUCUGGGAGGUCAUUGAUCUGCGUGUAUAAGUAGAUACUAUAGUAUUGAUCCAUUGGCCUAUCUCCAGGCUCUAUCUCUAUCCCUCACAGUCCACAUGAUCCUCUGCCCCAUAACACUGUGGUGUUAGCACUCACUCAGCACUGGAGGUUGCUAGUGUGCUCUCAGUAUUACCCUCCACCUCUCUCUCUCUCUCUCUAAAUAUACCUUUCUCUUGCCCCUUUAUCUCUUUCUAUACCUCUCUCUCUUUUUUUCUCUCUCUCUCUCUCUCUCUCUCUAAAUAUACCUUUCUCUUGCCCCUUUAUCUCUUUCUAUGCCUGCCUGCAGCUCUCUGCCUCUCUCUCUCUCUCUCUAAAUAUACCUUUCUCUUGCCCCUUUAUCUCUUUCUAUGCCUGCCUGCAGCUCUCUGCCCCUCUCUCUCUCUCAAUAUACCUUUCUCUUGCCCCUUUAUCUAUUUCUAUGCCUGCCUGCCUGCCGCUCUCUCUCUCUCUCUCUCUCUCUCUCUCUCGCUCUCUCUCUCUCAAUAUACCUUUCUCUUUUCCCUUUAUCUCUUUCUAUGCCUGCCUGCAGCUCUGCCUCUCUCUCUCAAUAUACCUUUCUCUUGCCCCUUUAUCUCUUUUUAUGCCUGCCUGCAGCUCUCUGCCUCUCUCUCUCUCUCUCUCUCUCUCUCUCUCAAUAUACCUUUCUCUUGCCCUAUUAUCUCUUUCUAUGCCUGCCUGCCUCUCUCUCUCUCUCUCUCUCUCUCAAUAUACCUUUCUCUUUCGCCCUUUAUCUCUUUCUAUACCUGUCUCUCGCUCUCUUUGAUUGCUUGUUCUCCCACUCUAUUUCUGAAAACUCCCUUUUCCCCACUUCCCGCUCUCUGCACACAGCCAUUCACCCCCUCUCUCCGCCUCCCUCCAUCUUGCCCGCUCUCUUUGUGUGUAGGACUCCUCUCUCCUCUGUCUCUCUCAGUGUUAGUGCAGUUCUGAAUGGACAUGGGGAAACAUGUGUGCAUGCUUAUAUUAACAUGAAUGAUGUCAACUUGAUGCAAUGAAAAUUAAAUAAGUGAUGCUUUAAGCAAAACCUGACAAUGAACUUGAUAUUAAUACUACUAAUGAUGAAAAUGGAGACCUAGCAAUCGUUAUCUCUGUAAUCAAAACAAUGAUGAUAAAUAACAUUGUUUAUCCUGUAUGUCUUCAUUAAAUAGUUAUUCCUGAUUUAAUUUUUGAUUCUUUAAAACAAAUAUAAUUUCUUCAGAAGUUUCCUUUUUAUAUGGGUUAAACGGAUAAAUAGACAUUUGAACAGAAGUGAGACUUUCAGGCAGGAAGCUUGUUUCAGCCAGAGAACUAGGGGGAGGAGGGUGAAGUGGAAGAUGAUGUAGGUGAAUGUGUGGGAGAUGGUGUGGCUGAAGCAAUGAUCAUGGAAAUAAAGGAUAUGUAUCAUCCAGCCUCA